UUGUGAUUUUCCUCUUUGUUUUUUGAGAUGACAAAACUUAUGAAGUCAAAUUUUCACCAUUUUUCAUCUUUUGCUUAUUUAGCCUUUGAUUUAUUUAUCGUAUGAUACUCGAAAGGUCAUGAACCAUUUUGACCUGCGAGUUCUCAAGAAAUAAAUUACUUCACUCAAUUGAUAAUGAAGACAUGCUGAACCCAUCCGUUGAAUAUGAAGAUCGACCUGAUUUAUAUGAUGCAAGGUUUAUCCUUUUUACUCUCUACCAUUUAUUGGGACCUAAAAAUGCGAUAAACAGCAAUCGGAUUAUUAAAUUGAAUGACUUGUCAAUUGAUUUAAUGACAACACCUAGUUCUGUCCAAUAAGAAAUAUCCGAAUAUUAAAGAAAUCAAAAUAUUUGCCACCAAGACCAAUUACAAGCUUGAAAAGAUUAGUUUGAUUGUAGACUAUUGUAAUCUUGAAAGUUUAUAACAAUUCCAUUAAUGACCCUUUCAUAAACUUUCAUGAACCUGAUUGUUGAAAGAUGCUUCCUGUUUUGAGAAGUCUGUACUUUCAUUUCACUUUCAAAUGACCCGAUUAGAUGAGUUGAACUGAGAGAACAACUUUUCUUCUUCUCCUUCACACAUUCAGGUCAAAUAUUGUAAAUAAUUUGUUUGAUUAAAGUCUUUUUUCACUGAAAUCGAAAACAUUACGUUUUUUCUCCUUGAAGUCGGUGCUAUCUUCAAAAAUUACGAUGAAGUCUACACCAGAAUCAGUAAAAAUCAGUGUUUAUUUAUCUAAAGUUGUGAAAGAAAUUAUUUACCAAAUUGAUUUACUAUGUAUUUGGAUUGGAAUCAUCUUGUCCGGUUUUUAUAACGGAUUUUUUGUAAGAAGAAGUGACCCAAAUAUACGUUUAGAUGGUAAAGUGGCCAUUGUUACCGGUGCCAACAGAGGAAUCGGUAAAGAAGCUGCAAAAAAAUUGGCUCUUCGUGGUGCAAAAGUAAUCAUAGCUGCUCGAGAUGAAUCAAUGAGCCAAGAAGUCGUUCAAAGUAUCCGUCAAGAAACUGGAAAUGAAGAUGUUCACUUUUUACAUCUGGAUCUAGCAUCAUUCUCGUCCAUUCGGUCCUUUGCUACUGUUUUUAUGGCAACUCAUUCUCGACUGGAUAUAUUGAUCAAUAAUGCAGGCUUGGUGAGCCCAGCUGAUAAAAGGAUUACAGAAGAUGGACAUGAACUGUGUUUCCAGGUCAAUCAUUUGGGUCCUUUUCUGUUGACUCAUCUGCUUCUUCCAAUUCUCAAGAAAUCUGCUCCAUCACGAGUAGUUGUGGUUGCUUCGGACCUUGCCUUUAUGACAACUCGGGUUGACUUUGAUAACCUCAAUUCACAAAAACAUUACUCUGGGUUCACCAAUUACGCAGUAACCAAGUGGGCCAAUGUUGCCUUUGCACAGACUUUGGCAAAACAGCUUAAAGGCUCUGGAGUAACAGUUAAUUCACUUCACCCAGGGUCAAUUAAAACAGAUAUUGUUCGUGAACAUCAUCCUUUUUACAUGAAAGUUAUGGCCAAACUCACUGCAAUGACUUGUAUUUCCAUUACUUUGGAUCAAGGAUCAGAGACAAUGUUAUAUGUUGCCACUGAGCCUAAAUUAUCACAAGAUACUGGUAAAUUUUUCACUAAUGGUAAAUUUUUCACACUACCUAAGCUUUGUCGAGAUAAUCAAACAGUUAAUAGAAUGUGGAAAACCUCAGCUAUUCUGACUGGGAUUCAAGGAUAAACAAUGUAUGCAAAACCUUUAAGGUAACCAAAAGAGGGUCAUUUAAAAUUGAAUCCAUCUCAUUUAGCAUAAAAUAAUACAAAUGAAAAUUUUCAUUUGGUAAUCUAAAUAUUUCCUAUUUUCCUAUCAAAAUGUAAAAUCAUUAACUUUCUUAAUUUAUUGUAACUAUACAUUGUAUUACGAAAAUCAAAUUUUAUACUGAUUUUUCUCUGGGAAAAGUCAAAAGUUUGAGUGUUCAUUAUUAUGUAAUGACUGAAUUUAUUAAUAUUUAUAUAAAAUAAUUUUUAAAAAUGA